AUGGCGUCGCGCGCGGGCAGCCGGACCCUGAGCAAGGACGACGUGCAUUACCGCCUGCACUUCCGCAUGAUCAACGAGCAGCAGGUGGAGGACAUCACGCUGGACUUCUUCUACCGGCCGCACACCAUCACGCUGCUCAGCCUCACGGUCGGCAGCCUCAUGGGCUUCGCCUUCACCAGGGAUGACUCGGUCCCGGAAGACAACAUCUGGAGGGGCAUCCUGUCUGUGGUUUUCUUCUUCCUCAUCAUCAGUGUCCUAGCCUUCCCCAAUGGUCCCUUCACUCGGCCACAUCCGGCUCUGUGGCGCAUGGUGUUUGGACUCAGUGUACUCUACUUCCUGUUCCUCGUCUUCCUCCUCUUCCUCAACUUUGAGCAAGUCAAGUCGCUCAUGUAUUGGCUAGACCCCAACCUCCGCUAUGCCACACGGGAGGCAGAUAUCAUGGAGUAUGCAGUGAACUGCCACGUCAUCACCUGGGAGCGCAUCGUCAGCCACUUUGACAUCUUCGCUUUCGGCCACUUCUGGGGCUGGGCCAUGAAGGCGCUGCUAAUCCGCAGCUACGGGCUCUGCUGGACCAUCAGCAUUACCUGGGAGCUCACCGAGCUCUUCUUCAUGCACCUGCUCCCCAACUUCGCCGAAUGCUGGUGGGACCAAGUCAUCCUGGACAUCCUGCUUUGCAAUGGCGGUGGCAUCUGGCUGGGCAUGGUGGUCUGCCGCUUCCUGGAGAUGCGCACCUACCACUGGGCCAGCUUCAAGGACAUCCACAGCACCACGGGCAAGAUCAAGCGGGCCGUCUUGCAGUUCACACCAGCCAGCUGGACCUACGUGCGCUGGUUCGACCCCAAAUCGUCCUUCCAGAGGGUGGCCGGGAUCUACCUGUUUAUGAUCAUCUGGCAGCUCACUGAGUUGAAUACCUUCUUCUUGAAGCACAUCUUCGUGUUCCAGGCCAGCCACCCACUGAGCUGGUGUCGGAUCCUCUUCAUCGGCUGCAUUACAGCCCCAACUGUGCGGCAGUACUAUGCUUACCUCACUGACACGCAGUGCAAGCGCGUUGGGACCCAGUGCUGGGUGUUUGGGGUCAUUGGCUUCCUGGAGGCCAUCGUGUGCAUCAAAUUUGGCCAGGACCUCUUCUCCAAGACCCAAGUCCUCUACGUUGUGCUCUGGCUGCUCUGUGUGGCCUUCACCACGUUCCUGUGUCUGUAUGGCAUGGUGUGGUACGCGGAGCACUACGGCCAUCGAGAAAAGACCUACUCCGAGUGUGAGGAUGGCUCCUACAGCCCCGACAUGUCCUGGCCGACCCGGAAAGGCAUGAAAGGUUCUGAAGACAGCCUCCCCAAGCACCCUGGUAACAGCGAGGGCCAUUCUUCCCGGCGCCGGAACCGCCACUCCAAGGCCAAAGUCACCAACGGCGGUGUAGGGAAGAAGUGACAGGGUGCUCGAUGACACAUGCUAGGUCUCUGCACCCCGACAGGCACCCCAAGAAGAACAUCAACAUCGUCGGAGACAAAGCCAGAGAGGCUGGGGUUCCGGGGUAAUCUCCCCACGCGCUGUACCUUGAGGCAGUGCAUCACUAGGGGUGUGGAGGCACGGUCGCUGCAGGGGGCCCCCCCGGGACCCUUCCGAGCUUGAGCCGACCCGUUCCCGGACAGACUGGCAUCUGACCUUUAUUUUGUAUGAAUCCGCCUUUCCGAGUGAGCGUGUGGCCCAUGUGGCCACCACUUUCCCACUUUAUUCUUGUUCCUUGUGUUCUUGUUCCUUAAGUAUGGAUGCUUAAAAGCCUUCAGAAGACGCCGCUGCCUAAGCAGAAUUAGGGGGUGUGCCCAGGGCCCCCCCACUCCCACCCACCUUUCUUUUCCAGGAAAAUGAGGGUGGGGCAGAUUUUGUGUUACUUUUGGGCCAUCACCUCCCCAGUUUUGGUGCAGGGGACAGUCCCUGAGCGAAGAAAGACCCUACCUCCACGGGUUUGGGGGGCCCCUGUCGGUCCCCCCAGCCCUCCUCCCGCACACCAUGUCUCUGUCCCACGUAAGGUGUUGCUGAUGGGUGUCCUGUCCUCCCCUUUGUGCCAUGUUCAAGGACUUGACCUCACUUCCGUUUCCUCAGAUUCCCUACUCCCCGUUUUAAAUAAAAUGUGACCCCAGAAA